AUGUCCAAAAGGUGCUUCUGGGUUGCAUAUGAUAUCGAUCGUGUUGCAGCCUUCAUCCUGGGUCGGCCAGUCGGUUUCCCAGAUAAUUUGAAUGAUGCAGAGCUUCCUCUGGGUAUUGAAGAUGAGAGCAUUGCCCACCAGGGUAUAUUGGCAAAUCCUCGUGCAGCUGACGACCAGGCGCCAACAAUAAUGACUGGAACCCUGCAUAGCAUCAAGUUAAGACAGCUAUGGGCAAAAUUCCAUGCCAAUCUCUACUCGCCUCUACCGCAAUACUACGACUUCAGUAGACAAUUCGCUACUGUUGAUGGUCUCCGUCAAGAGCUGGAAGAAUGGCACGCAUCAGCGCCUACUCACCUUGACUAUGCGUCCUCCCAUCUUUUAUCGGUGUUUGCUUUAGAUGAAUGGUUCCGAAUUUCUUACAACUAUUCAAUCCUGAUUCUCUAUCGCUCAUACAUUUCUGGAAUUCUUGGUAAACGGCUUCGAGGGCACAAUCAACACGAAAUAAACAGUACCGACCCCAAUGAAGAGGAGAUGAAGAGGAUCUCAAAAAGCAUUCGAAAACUGCUCCCGCUGUGCUCGUGA